GUUCAGUCUUCUCCGGUAUUCUCACCAGAUUUACUCACAACAUCAUGGCGGCCCAAGGCACCGCUGCGGCAUCGGCGUCGGACAAGGACUGGGUUAAGCUAGUCAGUACAGACGGUUAUACCUUCCUGAUUCCUCGGAAAGUCGCUAUGAAUAGCGGUACAUUGAAGAAUAUGUUGAGUGAAGAAAGUAACUUCGCUGAGGCCGCCACAAACACUUGUAUGAUCGAAGAGCGUGGCAUUAUUGUCGAGAAGCUGUGUGAAUACUUGUCGUACAAGACCCUCUACCAGGACUCUCCGCCGAAGGAGAUCCCCGACUUCCAGGAACGCCUGCAGCCUGAGAUUGCUCUCGACUUGCUGAUGGCUGCAGAUUACUACGAAGCAUGACUCAAUCGCACUGCAGUGCGAUGACCACAGAUCAGUCUGGCAGGUAGUUGAACAUUAGACGAGACCACACAAUUUGAGUGACACUUGGUUGUACAGUCGUAUGUAUGUGUAGUGCUCUCAUUGUUGUUCGCAAUGCCAAUACUGUCAGUGCUGGUAACCGCGCGGUACCGCGGCCAACCUGGCCAAUGAAGACCUCGACGCCAAGUUGAGCAACUCUGGAUCACCCAUACUUACCUGUAUUAUGAAUACGUGCGAAGGAGCUAGGC